UAAACAAUGGUGCUCCAUCAAAACAUCCAUGUUCUCAUGACCACACUUGCCUUACAAGGCCAUCUAAACCCUAUGCUUAAGUUCGCUAAAAUCCUCGUCACAAAGGGCAUUCAUGUUACCAUUGCCACCACCGAGCUAGCCCGACACAACAUUUUCAAACACACUACAACAGCACCAGCCACUAACGACGAUGCCGAUGCCGAUGCCGAUGCCACCAUGCCAUCAAUCAAACUCGAGUUCUUCUCGGACGGACUCGACGUCGACUUCAACCGUCAAAGUAACUAUGACUAUUGGGUCGAAACACUAGAAACCGAAGGCAGAAAAAACUUUUCAAAUCUCGUGACGAAAUUAUCCGAACGCACAAAAUUCUCGUGCCUAAUCGUCCACCAAUUUGUGCCUUGGUUCAUACCGGUCGCAAAAGAAAACAACCUCCCUUGCGUCGCGCUUUGGAUCCAGCCAUGUGCUCUCUACUCUAUCUAUUACCAUUUCUUCAACAAACUCAACGAUUUCGCCAUUUUACAAAACUCGAACGAGACUCUCCAAUUACCCGGUAUGCCGUUACUCAACUUCGACGACAUCCCUACCUUCAUCUUCCCCAACGCUCACCUCGCCAUCCAAAAGGUCCUCUCUGAUUUUUUCGCCUUUUUGGGCGAUGUGAAGUGGGUCUUGGGGAAUUCCUUUUACGAGCUGGAGGAGGAGGUUGUCGAGUCCAUACGCGGGGUUGUUCGGCCGAUGCUUUAUCCUAUCGGUCCAUUGGUGUCGCCGUUUUUAUUUGGGAAGGAGAAGGAGGAAGAGAGGGACUUUGGGGUGAGCGUAGACAUGUGGAAGGCGGAUGAUUCUUGCUUGCAAUGGCUCGAUGGGCAGGAUUUAGGGUCGGUUGUUUAUGUGUCCUUUGGGAGUGUUGUUGUUUUGUCUCAGGACCAAAUGGACAAUGUUGCUAAUGGGUUGUUGAUGAGUGGCAAGCCAUUUCUUUGGGUGUUCAAACGGCCCUCCUCGGACAAGGAGUCUACCGAUGGUACUGUUCGGCUGCCGGAUGGCUUUCUUCAGGCUGCUGGCCGGAGGGGGAUGGUCGUCAAUUGGUGCUCUCAAGAAAAGGUUCUGAAGCACAAAGCAGUGGGUUGCUUCAUAACUCAUUGCGGGUGGAACUCAAUGCUAGAGACGGUCAUUGCCGGGGUUCCAGCGAUAGCAUUUCCGGAGUGGGCGGAUCAACCUACGAAUGCUAGAUUGUUGACGGAUGUUUUCAAGAUGGGUGUGAGAAUAAGGAAGGGAGAUGAGGGAAUUGUUAGUUCAAAAGAGGUGGAGAGAUGCAUAUGGGAGAUGACCGACGGCCCGAACGCGACGGCAAUGGCAAAAAGGGCGGUUGAGCUGAUGGAAGCGGGCAAAAGAGCCGUGGAGGACGGUGGUUCUUCUCAUCGGAAUCUUGAUCUUUUUAUAGCUGACAUUGUUGGCAAAAAGGACACGACAAACGUGCAUGCAAAUCUUGAGAUGGCAUGAACAUGCAUAUUUUUUUUUAUCUACAAUAGUCACAUGAGAAUAAGAAGAAA